CUCUCUCUCUCUCUCUCUCUAGCAGUGUCGUUUGGACUGGUCUUCUUGAUCUUCGGACUCUCCCGCCUCUUCCCUCUGUCCUUCUUCCUCUAACAGACCCUGCAGGUGAUCUCUGCUCUUCGACUGCCUCCAUAGCUGCCGUGAGUCGUUGCAUGCCCGACUGUAAGUGAAAAAGAUUAUAUAAACUGCUUGCCCACCAUGGAAACUGAGGAUGUACUGGAGCUGCCAAUCGAGUCCCCCAGUGGAAAUGAGGGCAAGGAACCUUGCGAAAGCAGCGCGAAACUGGAGGAAGUGAACGCUUUGCCGUGUAGUGACAUGGAGGAUGAAGAAGGGUUGAUUAGGGAGGAUUUGGAUCAGAGCGAAGGGAAGGUUGAAAAUGAAGAGAGACCGUGUGCACUCGAUUCGGGUCUCAAUAAGGAUUUGGCCGGCGAGCCAUCUACGGUCAAAAUGAAUGUUGAAUUGAUUGAAUCUAUUGAAGUUUCGGAGCGCUCAGCAGUGGUCACUGGAAAUGGAUUUGUAGCUCUCGAAGAUCACGGUCACAAAACCACUCAUGUGAGAGAUGGGAACUCAGUGGCAGGUGCUAAAAGAGCACGGAUUACGUAUGAGGAAGAGCAACCAUCUGUCCAUGUUGUGUAUAAGUCCUUGACAAGAGCUAGUAAACAAAAGUUGGAGGAGUUGUUGCAGCAAUGGUCUGAAUGGCAUACUCGACACAUUCCUUCAGCCCAAGAUCCAAGAGAAGCACUUGAAUUUGGAGAACAAACAGUUUUUCCUGCUUUGCAUGUUGGUGAAGAGAAGCAAUCAGCAGUGUCAUUUUGGAUAGACCUCCAAGCGAAGAAAAGCCAAAGCAACGAGUUUGUGUCCUUGGACGGUAACUCUGUGCCUCUUUAUGAUCGUGGUUAUGGAUUCAGUUUGACUGAAGGGGAUGGUUCGAGUAACGCAGAGGGGGGCCUGGAGAUAAUGGAGGAUGCUGCCCGCUGUUUCAACUGUGGUUCUUACAGUCAUUCUCUGAGAGACUGCCCAAGACCACGAGAUAAUGUUGCAGUCAACAACGCUCGCAAAGAACACAAAUCUAAGAAAAUCCUGAAUGCUGCUUCUCGCAGUUCUACUCGUUACUAUGAGAGCCCUUCUGCUGGGAAAUUUGAUGGAUUAAAACCUGGGACUCUUGAUGCUGAAACACGCAAAUUGUUAGGUCUUGGGGAGCUUGAUCCACCUCCAUGGCUAAACAGGAUGCGAGAACUGGGAUAUCCGCCAGGCUACUUAGAUAUUGAUGAUGAUGAUGAUGAUGAUCAGCAGUCAGGGAUCAUGAUAUUUGCCGAUGGGGAGACCAAGCCAGAGAAGCAACAUGAGGAUGGGGAAAUCCCUGACGAACCGCGUCGUAAAAAGUCGGUGGCAUUCCCUGGAAUAAAUGCUCCAAUUCCAGAGGAUGCUGAUGAAAGACUAUGGUCUGCUGGGCCUUCACGAUCAGAUUUUUCGAGUAGAUACAGGAUGCAUCACCGUUCCAGUUUCUCUUCAGAACAAACUAUUAGCAGAAGCUAUCGCAGUAGCGACCAUAACACUUGCUGGUCUACCCAUUCAAGGGAUGACUAUUCUCCCAACAUGAGCAGUCGUAGUAUCCCGACACCUAGUCCAACUUCUGCUAGCGGUGGGAGAUUCCAGUCUGAAUGGAGUAGUGGGAGGUGGAGCUCUCGGGACAGUGAAGAUCAUAGGAUGCGUGGUCCAUCAUAUGAUUCUCUGCCGCACUCAUAUCCUAGCAGUAGAUCUUUUGACCGCGACAGGUUUGAAGGUCCUUGGGGCAACGAGCCUCGGGAGUCCCGUGACCUGGAUUAUGGGCAUGUUGGCAGGGAUGAAUCCCGUCGGAGUUACAGCUGGAGGUAAAAUGAUUGAUACCUGGCCGACCGACAGAUUAGCCUUGUUGACUACUAGCUAGGCAGGAGCUGUAGCAUUAUGCAACUGUUGUAUGGUUCAUUUUGAUUCAUCAGUUGGAAGGCUUUCCUUGAAAUAUAGGAUAGUUUACAUGAAUGGAUAGUUUGCAGUUUCCGCAGAUCUUAAGCUCGAAUUCGACUAUAUAUGUGUGUGUGUGUGUAUUUUUUUUCCAGUAGAUCCUAGUUUUCGUGAA